GAACAAAGUAAGCCCAGAAUACAUAUUCACCUAUGCUCAACAGGGUGUAUGGAUAAACCUCAUACAGUGGAAUAGGCAGGAUGGAGUGUGUUCAUUGAAGGGCUCGUGUAUGUGUACAUAAGAGACCUAGUACAUGUACAUGUAUUAGUUGGUGUGAAAAGGUUACCAUUCAUAUUUGGUGAGGUGUAAUUGGUCGACAAAUCCCCAGCUAUGUUUGGUGUUGGGGUGGUGUUUGCUAUGCUCCUUGUGGGCAACCUCACCCCAAUUCAGGGUGUUGUUCCUCCUCAAGGGCUCUCAUUCAACUGUGCUACCAUGAGACCUGAUAAGGAGAAGGUUCCAGGACGUCCAGAAGUUUUGCCCUCACCCUUUAAGAUUGAUGUGGUGAAGAUUAGCUCAUAUGAGCCCAAAGAUGUCAUAUAUGUAAAUUUGACUGCAGUUCCAGGAAGGAGGCUGGGUGCAUUUGCUAUCCAAGCACGACGUCUUGACAAGACAGCAAAUACAGAUGAGCCCAUUGGUUACUGGAACAGCUUCCCAGAUGAAAUCACUGAACGAAAUUGCAGAUUUGCCGGUAACAUUUUUGGGAGUGGACUAGUCAGUCUGCCAAGCACAUUUCCCAGAGACGGGGUCAGCCUUCAGUGGACAGCACCUGACCGAAGCCAGGGUCACCUAGAGUUUCUUGCCACCUUUGUAGAUGAAGAUGGAUCCACAUUCUGGCUGAGGGAGAGGUCUGGGAUGAUUCGUGACCCCCUUGCGCCUCCCCUGCCAUAUGGACUUCCUCCACCCAGGCGGCCUCCACCUAUUGCUCCGAUCAACACUGCAGAGUGUGGCGAAAAGAAGGGAUGUUACCGUGAGCCGGACUGGUGCUGGGAACCAUAUUGUGACUACCUUGUCACCUGGAGGGAGAGUGGAAGUGUGGUUGUAUUUGAAAUGAGCACCAGACAUGAUGGCUUUGAUGAUCGCUGGCUUGCUGUUGGCCUGUCUGAGGACAUCCGAAUGGGAUCUGAUUCAGUCAUGGAAUGUGUUCAUGAUUCCAAAACAGGCAAAGUGGAGGUGUUUUUGUCCUACAAUGAAGGGAAACAUAACGAACGAUUAACAAAUCGCAACUGGGACAUACCAUUUCAAGAAGGUUCAUACUACAAUGGUAUGCUGAGGUGUCGCUUCUCACGAAGGAUUUACUCAAGCAACCGAGAUGGAGACAGUCGAGUUGUGCCACUGAUGUCCAAUGACUGGCACAUAUUAAUGGCACGUGGACAUGCUCAUGAAGGCAAAAUUUUCCGCCAUGGUUUAAGUGUGAAUACCUUCCCCAUUUCUUCACCAAGAAAGGUCAGCCUGCGAUCAUUGGACAACUUCAAUGGUAGAGCGAAGUUCCCUCUGGUGAAGGCCCAUGCUUGCCUGAUGAUCUUUGCAUUUAUGUUCUGUGCUACAAUUGCCCUCGUUAUGGUGAAAUAUUAUAAGUUUAUGUGGCCCAAUGAUCGUUUCUAUGGUGACAGAUACUGGCUUGUGGUGCACAGGAGUCUGAUGUCUGCUCUCUUUAUAGCUGUCAUCAUAGCUUUCAUCCUUAUCUUCAUUGAAGCAGGAGGGUACAGUCAAGCCCCAGAUCUACCACAGAAGGCCCACCCAAUCCUUGGCAUCAUUAUCUUUGUCUGUGUUGUCAUCAAUCCUAUCCUAGCUCUGCUCAGACCCUCUGACACAAGCAAGUGGCGCCCUGUCUUCAACUGGUUCCACUGGGCCUUUGGUACCAUAGCUAAUGUGCUUGCCAUUCCAAACAUCUUCAUUGGCAUGGACUUUGGUAAGCCCAAUGUGCCUUGGUGGGCAACAUGGAUCUUGCUCUUCUAUGUCAUCUUUCACCUAAUUGUUGAGGUGACAUUGGAGGUUCACCAGUGCUGUACUUACAAGAAGAACAAAGAGAGACGCAGAAAAUGGCAAUAUGCCAAAAAGGAAAAUCCCAAAGUUUACCAUCCGGAACCAGAUCCAGUAGGCCAUCGUUUCAAGAAGAACAUGCUGAUUACCCAUGUUGUGGUGACGACCAUUGUGGUGUUGGUGAUGAUCAUUAUUGUGGCUGUGUGCUGAUCUGUCGGCCUGUCUGUCUGUUAGACAGUUACCCUGUCAGAAGGCUACAAUAUCUGCCAUUGUGUUCAGAUGGAGAUUAUCUGAGGAAAUACUCUAUGUUCCAGAAAAUACUUUAGUGUCCAAGGUGUUACAGGGAGAGAACUGUGAAUGUGAACAAAAAUUUUGACAUUUAAGGAGAUAUCGCCCCUAGCUGGUGGACUAGGUAACUGCAUGAGAAAAGUGAACUGGAAAAAAAAAUUAAACAAACUAAAAAAAAAGUUGUUACAGUAUGAAAAUUUCUUUGCAAAUAAGAUUGUGGCAGAAGGCUAUCAAAGAAAAUCUAUGCAAACUAAUUAGUGGUGUCCAGCAGCUGAAAUCUGGCCUCAGUUCAGCUCAACUGUUAACAAUAUGGCCGAAGAUAAAAGGAUUCCAGAGUAUGAAAAAGUGAUGAUGGAAGAUAUCUAGGAAGAAACAGGAUUUUGUCAGAGGAGAGUUUUUGAUGACUUUGCCCUUAUACAUCAUUGUGACUUGUUUCAGGCAACAAAUUCUUAAAACCCCAAAAAACCUGAACUGUUUUAAAUUUGCCUUGCAUGCUGUUUCAGUUUGUGACAACAGUAUACGUUGCUUUAUACAUGUAGCUAUGUUCUUUCAAAAAUGCAUGUAUAUGGUAAGGUACUAUAGGUAUUGUAUAUGUUCUGUAGCAUUUUCCAUUCGCAUCUGAUAACCCUCUUUAUAUGUAAGUGAAAUAUAUCAUUAUGUACAGGGACUUUUUUUUUUCUUGGUGGAUCGAAAGGCUAUGAAGAUUUUGAAGAUGUUGCAUAAUGGGCCAUGUGAUAAUUAACAUGAGUGAAAAAUUGAAAUAUAUAACCAUUUUACGCCGACUGUUACACCCUAUUCUGAGCAGACAGUCAAUUAUGUCAUUGACAUGUAUUUUUCACCCUGACUUUGUUGCUGAUGAAUUCACGUGUUCAUUGAGUGUACUUGCAUUGUGAUGAAAUUGUUCAUUUGAGUAAAAGUACCUCAUAUGUAUGAAUUCAACAUUUAUCUCUGUUUUACGGCAAAGCCAUAGGAAAUAACAGCACCUCUUUUUUCUAACAAAAUUGUUUAUUUAAAAAAUGAGUGCCCUUCAUUUCUGCAUAUAAAUAACAUCUCUGUUUUCUUUCCAUGUGCUUCUGGGCACAAGUUAACAUUUUAGUUUUGUUUGAACAACAAUACCAGUAGAUGACUAUAUAAUUACUGGUAUAUUCACUGUUUUACCAGAACUUUUUUGGCAAUGAAUAAUUGCAUGAAUAACAUAAAUUUAUGAACAAGCCAGCAUGGGAAACUAUCUGCCAAUUUUGUGAAUAUAACUUGAAAGCACCUCUCUGUUAUAAGUGCAUGGGAAUAAGUGAUCACACAUGUUUUUUUUAGUGUGUCUUGAUGCUGAUGUUUUAGCAAUCAAAUGUAACCCUUCAUUUUAGAUAUACUUGUUGGAUAUACUUGCAUGUUAUUUCAAGUCACAUUAUAUGACUUAUACAUAAGCAUCCGUGGUGACACAUACAGGUGCAUGUAACCUUUUCUCCCAGAUAGCCAUGAUAGGUUUUUCAAAGAAAGGAGUCAUUUUCAGCUAACAGCACAUAUUGUAAAUCGGUGAUACCAGUAAGCUUGGAUGUAAAUCUUGCCACAUAAUUUUUAUGCCCAAAUAUUACAGAUGCUAUAGUUGACAGCUUUAUGGUAAUACAGACAGACUUAUCUUCAUUCUUGCCAUGGUAAAUGUGUUAUUUGGAAACUUUUUGCAAGUGCGACAAAUUUAUAUUGGUAGAGUGUGACUGGCCUUUCCUAACUAUGUAUUAGAAUGUUAAUGUCUGGCUAAGCAUUCGAGUCAGGACUGGCAUUUGCCAUCGUUAUGCAGACUUCGUUUCAGAUUGCUGACCCAAGUAGACCCUUAAGUCAUAGCGGAGUUGUUAUUCCAUUUAAGUAACAACUAAGUGGAUAUUGCAAUGCUCAGAGACAAAGAAAAUCACUUUAGAUAUGACUUUUUGCCAUACUUGUAUGAUCUGGGGGAUUUUUUGUAUUCACCUUACAGGCUAUUGUAGGUGAAAUUUACAUUACUUAAUUCAUUGAGCACUUAAGAUUUUCUGUGUUUACAGCACAGUUAAUCUCAGUUCAUGUCAUUUUGUUAAGGUGUGGUAUGUUCUGCAUUUUUAGGCAUAGAAUCAUUAGGAAAUAUUUGAGUACUGAUGAGAACAAAAUUUACAGUGCUUUAAUAUACAUACAAUUAUGUGUGUGGAGGUACCAAUUUUUCAGGUGUGCCCUUGUAUAUUGUGAUGUACAGUAUCUAGUAAUUUACUGUUCUGUCUCUUUUGUAUUGUAUAUACCAGUUUUAUAAUAUACUGUUUUAUAUUGGCGUGGUUGUGCGUAUGUGCUACUUUUUAUACAUGUAUAGUGUAAUGUAUUUAUGUGUUGUGUUAUCUAGUUCAAGAAUCUCUAUUAAUUUUUACUAUUAAUAUUUCAGCUUAAAUUAAAAACAUGCAAAUACCAUCGCAUCUAAACAAGUGCUAUAGUCUUUCCUUUUGCAGAGUUGAUCAUGGGCCCCUAGAAUUUUGUCAGUCUACAUGCUCAUUACAUGUGAGGAGUAUGGUGAAGUUAACAACAGAUACUUACUAGUAAUACAUUGGUCAUUUUUUUUUCUGUACAUGUGGAAAAUUCAGAUUGAUGUCAAGUUAUUUAUGCAGCAGGUAAAUGUAUUUAGUGUCCUGUAAAUUCAUGUAUGUGGAACCAUGAAGACCAUAUAGAUCAGAUCUGUUUCUGUUGUGGGGCGUACUCCACAUUGCUCUGUAUUACAUCUUCUGUACUGAGUAUUGCGAUUUUCUUCACAUGUGGACUGGAAAUGUUCCCUGUAGCAUUUAAGCAUUAGUGAAUGUGGCAGCAGAGGCCAUGUGCUGAACAUGUGUGCAUCAUGCAUGUAUUCAGCAGAG